CUCUCAUUCGAUUAUUUGAAUUUCUCAAGUUGAUGAAAAAACGAUAUUCAUUCUCUUAUGGGUGUUCGAAAGUGCUCAAUCGCUAAAUGUCCUUUGUGCGUUCAUUUGGUUUGCUGUUCAAGAUGGUGUUCAAGUGAUGGUAGAGUUACUGUCAACAUCAACGAUGACUUCACCUGUAAAACAAGAGGCGUUUGCUUUGUGGUUUUUUGUAAGAGGUGCUCCUUUUUGUCUACUAAUUAUACAGCUCUAUCCCUAAGUACUAGAUUCAGUAGGAUUCUCUGUUCUUUAAAAAGGGAAAAUGACCAUUGUGACAAUCUAUCGACACAUAUUCGUCAGUGUGGUAGAAUUUUUGUUAGAUUGUUUCCUAUUUGCUCACUUCCUGUUGGUUCGAAAGCGGCUUUGUCUAGAACCGUAGAAAUUUUGGAAAAUAUCCUUAAAUCUAAUUGGAAACUUGUUAGAAAAGAAUUGAGUGAAGAUAGUCCCGUAAUAUUUAGACCUCGUAAUACCCCAUCGACAAAAAUUUCGCCAUUUUCUCUUCAAAUUUUAAAUUUGACCAUUAAUGGCGUACAAAAGCUAUAUAUACAGCCAAAAGGUGAAAGUUCUAACCGAAGAUGCGUAUUUUCUAAUUCCAUGGAAGACUUGAACUAUAACGUUAUCAUCAACCAGAAUAAUAAGUUGAUAGAGCAGAAUAGUAGACUCUACGAUGAAUUGAAAGUAAUGGGAAAUCGUUUAGACGACUUUUGUAACGAUUUUUACAAAAUGAAAGAAAACUCCAAUACAAACCAAGAAUCGCAGUAUAGGAGACAAUCAAAUACUAAAAAAAAGGAAACUGUUGAAAAGAGUAAAACUACUGGAAAGCGAUCGGCUUUAUCUCAAAUCAACACUCGAAGUUUCUAUAAUGGGCAAUAUCAUGUUUCGAAAAAAGAAAUUUCCCAUCAUAAACGCAACUCUCCAGAGUAUUCUGCUCAACCUUCAAUUGAGUCGGACGAAAAUAGUAUUAACACUCUUUCACCACAGACGCAUACUGGAAGAGUCUUUUCAGAGACAAUAGCUGUGCUUGACUUUUACGAUAACUCAACAAUGUCUUUUUCGCCCCCUACAUAUUCUGAUACGUCGUACUCUGCCAACUCGAGCGAUUGUAGUGAUGAUGAUCAUGAUGAUAUUGACAAUGAUAAUGAUGAUGGUGAUAAUCGUACUGAUUAUGGUCAUGAUGACGACGACGACGACGAUGAUGAUCAUGACGAUAAUGACGAUAAUGAUGAUAGUGAUGAUAAUGAUGAUAAUGAUGAUAAUAAUGAUAAUAAUGAUAAUAAUGAUAAUAAUGAUAAUAAUGAUAAUAAUGAUUAUGAUGAAUAUGAUGAAUAUGAUAAUUAUGAUGCUGAUGACAAUACUCGUUCUUCAACAUCAUCAAAUUCUGCAAAUAUAUUUAUUGAAUCACAGUGGGACUCUUCUACAUCAAAAGACGCUGGCUGUAGAAAGAGGAAAACGAAUGAGUUUACCGAUAUGCAAAUAUCCCAACGAACGAAAAUUGGCGAACAUGAUUUUUCCAAUUCUCGUAGUCUUGAAUCUCUAAUUAUUCCGAAUUUAUCAUCAGAAGCACUAUCCGCAGAAGAAUCAAUUAUUUCGCAAGAGCUAAACGUCACCGACGAUUUCGGUUUUCCUCGAGAGUUGCUUUCCACACCACAGCACAAUUUCCAAGAACUGACGUUCAAUCACGAACAAGAAAUGUUGCGCAUACAAACACCAGAUUUCUUUAAUUACGUGACCUUUGGUCAAGAAACAGAUUCGGAGCAAGAAACGACCCCAUCUGAAUUGCAUUCAACUCCAGGUCCUAAUUACAUGCAAGAAUUAACUUAUACAUACGAAAUAGAUUACGCACAAGGGCCGUAUUCAACUUCAAUGCCAAAUUUUCCACAAGAGUCGAGUAACCUUCCUGAAGCAGAUUUAGAGCCAGAAGCAAAUUAUAUCCAAGAGGCAAACUACUAUACACAAGAAGAACCAAAUUAUACUGAGGAGCCAAGCUAUGCUCCACAGUCUAAUGCAACACCAGAACCGGAUCACACGCAGCAAUCAAAUAGCAUUCAAGCUGAAAAGUCGCCACAGUUGGUAUCCCACGAACAAUGGCUAUCUUCAGAUUCAAACUUUCUCUUUCGGUAUACAAACAGAUUUAACGGCUAUAAAAAUUAA